AGAUGGCAGUUUAAGCUUUGAUUUAAAGUUAAACAACCAGAUAAGCUGCAGUAUUGGUUUACAGUUCAGUUUGAAAUUAAUAUAUUCUUUUCUGUUUCCUUUUUUUGGUAAAUGCAGCAUGUUCUAGAUUGAUCUUGGCAAAUGUAAUGGUCCAAGAACUAGAAAGAAGAUGACACCAAGAUCUGUGGUUUAAUUUCCAUUGCUUUUCCAAAAUUUAUUUCCUCCUGAAAAAUUUUGGGUUGUAAGUAGGAAUCUAUCCAAUGCAAGCUAUGUAUGCGUGUAGCAUAUUUUAGAUUUGUAAUGCUUUUUGUUUAGAAGUGAUUGAAUAUCGCACCAUCCUACUCAAGACAUAUUGGUCUCAAAUAUUACAGGUGGAAUUGGAACAGGGAAUUGAGAUGUUGAACAUUUUCAAAAACUAUGGAAGUCACUCAUCUAUCCUUGAUGAUUUUUCCUUUUAUGAAGAGCGGCAGAAAGCAAUUCAGGAAAGGAAAUCCAGACAGCAAGCAAGCCUAGCAACUAGUCCAGAGGAUGAAACAACUGAACCACACAAUCUUGUUUCUCUACCUAAUGCCAUUGUAAAGAAAAUGAGCAAGAGCUUUGCUGAAGCUGUGUUGUUCAAUGGGGACGCUAAAGAAUAUCCAACUGCAGGAAAGGUCUCCCCACCCUGAUCGCCAGCAAAGCCUGUAGCAGAUAUAAUAUCCAAAAUAAACAUCUUGCUGACAGUAUUAACAUCUGCAUCAAACUAAUGAAAUAGGUAUCAAGUUUCAUAGUCUUAUAUCUGUUCUUUAUUAUGUUAUAUCAUUUAUUUAUUUAUUUUGAUAUUGCUACUCCACAAGUUCGGGAAAACAGUUACAUAUAUUUAGGAGACAGUCUGAAUUUGUUUCAUAGGAUUGACUUUUAUAUUAUAUAUAUACCAAUGAUUUUCUGCUGUAGAUAUUCUAUUUAUGUCUAGUUUAACCCAAUAAAACCAUGACGUUUCA